GAAUGGCAGUAGUCAAUGAAAGACCACUGAGAAGGAGGACUUGAGUAAACAACAUGGAUCAACCCACGGGUACCAGCGAGCCUUAUAUAUUCGUUGUGAGAUACACCGAGAAAGACCCCUCUGGUUCAGUACCUGAACGAUCAUCCACUUCCCAGCCUUCUCAGUCGGUGCUUCCGUGACAUAGUACAAAGUAUCCACUUACAACAUUGCAGCCAAGCAGCCAGAAAAGAAUCUGUCAGAUCAUUCAGCAAUAUCUACAACCUUGAUGGCAUCUUUUUCUCGGAGAUCUAUCCCAGAAUCAAGGUAUUGGUAAAAGAUAGUUCCUUCUGUACGUCUUCCAAAAGCUUGGAGCGCUGCAUCACAGAAAAGUCUUCAAGAAAUUGGUCGACAAGCCGGCAGCCAAGACAAAGCUAGAAUCUAUCGAAGGUGGGAUACCACCCUCUCAGCAGCUGUCAUCGUCUCGAUCGUCUCCAAAGAUUUCCUUUCUGUGCUUCCCACACGUUACUUCCCCGAGGAAGGUUGAUGCCAUCGGACAAGGGAGCUGGCAUGCCGACACCUUGAUGGCUACUCAAGCAUUUGAAUUGUCUCGGCGCUUGGCGCUUGGCGGACAAUUGCCUCUUCUUCAACUCCACUAGAGCAGGGAACGGCCGAAGGUGUCGCUUGGCAGCCAAUUGAAUUACGAUCUGUGAUGUUUUGGUGGAGGGUUCAUCUAUCAGGGUUGUGGGCGGGCGAGUUGAAAAGCUCAGCGGUCAAAAAACCCGCUCGCUUGGCGAGCAUAUGCCCAGAGAACGUGGAUGUGAGAUUUACGCCGGGAGGGGCCAAUGAUGGGAUGGGAUUAGUUCCUUUUGCUUAUGAUCUCUUUCGUGCAGGAUGUGGGUUUGUUUGCUCGGGGGUAUAAGGUAUCCGAGGUUGCUGUCGACCAAGCCACCACCGCCAUCAUCCUUCAUCGCAUUUUGACGCAGCCAAACUUCACGAUCAUGACUUUACGAAAUAUCUUUGUAUUUGCUGGAUUGGCCACGUGCGCGGUGGCACAGACUACUUUCACUUUGUCAGGUUGUCAUAGCCAUGAUGGACAGGAAUACUGUUACCUCCCGAACGGAUCUGAAGUACCCUUCACACGAACGGGAACAACAGCUACUGCCACUACUGCGCCUGUGACUACAGCGCCAGCCUCUGCAGAUGCGAGCCAAACGUCUGUUGCAAUUCCAGCAUCAGUAACAGCAUGCCAUACUCACGAUGGUGGCGCACAGUACUGUCAAGCGAGUGGAACUGAAUAUGAGGUCCUCGAGACUCCAGCCAUUACUCCCCUCCCAGAAUCGUACAGCGACUGUCACGGCCAUGGAGGUGGCUCAAUAUACUGUAUAGCAUCAGAUGGAUCAGAAGUCUCCAUCGCCCUCGAGGGCUCAGAACAUACAGAUGAGGCUGGCCACGGGGAGGGAGAUCACGACCAUGACGCUGAGGCUGAGGGCGAGACUUCGAAAGGGAAUUGCCACUUUCACGGAACCGUUGAGCACUGUACUGGAGGAUCCUCCUCUCCAGCUACCUGCGAACGUGUCGAUCGAGAUUACAAUACAGGACUGAGAAUUGGGCUUAUCUUUGUUAUUCUUGUAACAAGCGGUUUCGCUGUCUUUGCGCCGAUGAUCAUCGAACGAUUCAGUAAAAUGACACUCAACAGCAUUCUAUUCACCAUCCUCAAGCAAUUCGGCACUGGCAUCAUCAUCUCGACAGCAUUUGUUCAUCUCCUCUCCCAUGCUGAAAUGCAAUUCGCGAACGAAUGUCUCGGACCUCUCAUGUACGAAGGGACCACCACAGCCAUUGCAAUGGCAGGAGUGAUGCUUUCUUUCCUUGUUGAAUACAUCGGUAAUCGACUUGUGGCAAGAAGAAACGCAGGUGCUAUCACUCCUGUAGAUUCGGAGCAGUUAUCCGAGACCUCUCCGAAAGGAAGCACACAUGCCGCUCCCAUCGCUCCAGAUACAUAUAUCGCCGCGCUUGGACAUGCACACUCCAACAACAUGCAUCCAGACAGCCAUUUCAGCGUUGCAGUCAUGGAGUCAGGCAUUGUGUUCCACUCUAUCCUAAUCGGCAUAACCCUCAACGUAACACCCAACUCCUACUACACCACCCUCUUCAUCGUCAUCCUCUUCCACCAAAUGUUCGAAGGCCUCGCACUCGGAACCCGAAUCGCCGCCCUCAAAUCCUCAACAUCGUUCCUAACCAAGGUCCUCAUGGCGGGUAUUUUCACGCUCAUCACUCCCAUCGGGAUGGCCAUCGGUGUAGGCGUCUUGCAGCACUUCAAUGGCAAUGAUCCUGCGACGAUCGUGGCGAUUGGUACGUUGGAUGCGUUGAGUGCGGGUAUUCUGUUAUGGGUUGGGCUGGUGGAGAUGUUGGCGCAUGAUUGGAUGGGGGGUGAUAUGGCGAGGGCGGGGUGGGUGAAGGCGCUUGUUGGGGGGGUCAGUCUUGUUGCUGGGUUGAUACUUAUGAGUGUUUUGGGCAAGUGGGCGUGAGCAGCUUAAUCUUGGAUAUUUUGACGCAAGAUAUCGAUUAUGUCCUGGGGUCGCGAUCGAACAUGGCCAAUGGGUGCUCUACAAAUUUAGUUUGAAGGCAAAGCUACAGCUACAAGCUGCAUCCAUUCUUGAAAUGCCGUUGAAAGCUAACCUUGAGGUUCCAUACUUGAUAAAGAAGGACGGCCACUCAAUACCAUUGUCUUCCCAGCGCCCCGACCUUCCACAAGCAGAAAAUGAAAGCCGUGUCAAACAAAGAAACACAGUUCCAAUACUUCC